GGUAAAUAAAAAAAUUUUCUUCAUCUUCACUCUCGCGAAAAAUCCGAAAUUUAAACCCUUUUAGAGGGGCACCGAAAUGGGUGUGUUACUUUUUACGAUUAGCGCUCUCUUUGUGUUCUGGUCCCCGUUCACAAAGGUCGAGGAGAGCUUUAACAUGCAGGCGACACACGAUAUUCUCGUGCACUCGUUCAACAUUACCGAAUACGACCAUUUGGAGUUUCCGGGUGUCGUUCCACGGACAUUUAUCGCUCCGUUGAUGUUGUCGGCUUCGGUUUCGCCGAUUUUUGGUCUGCUGGAGCUCAUUGAGGCGCAGAAAUUUUGGGCGCAGUAUUUAGUGAGGUUUGCGAUGGCGGCUUUUGUUGCAGCUGCUUGGCAUCUCUUCCGCCGCACAAUAAUCGAAAAAUUGGGCAUCAAUGUGGGUGCUUGGUUCACUCUCAUCACCAUCACGCAAUUUCACUUCCUUUUCUACAUGUCACGACUACUGCCAAACAUCAUUGCCUUACCUUUGACUCUUCUGGCGAUCCGUUUUUGGAUUCGACGAGACGUAAAAUGGUUCAUAGCAUCUGCUGGCGCUGUUAUUAUCAUCUUUCGCAGUGAACUUUGCAUCCUUUUUGGCCUUUUGCUGCUUUAUGACAUCUAUUACAAGCGAAUUACGCUUCCGGAGUUCCUGAAAGUUGGCGUUGUCGCGGGAAUUUUGCUCGUUUCGUUGACCGUCGUUGUCGAUUCGAUCUUUUGGCAGCGACUUUUAUGGCCCGAGUUGGAAGUUUUGUGGUUUAACACUGUCAUGAACAAAAGUAGCGAGUGGGGAACGUCUCCGUUUUUGUGGUAUUUCUAUUCAGCGCUUCCCAGAGCUCUUGGAAGCUCUUUGCUGCUCAUCCCGUUUGGCCUGUACUACGAAUCGCGCAUUCGGGCGUUGGUUGUGCCCGCGAUUUUUUACAUUUUGCUCUAUUCGUUCCUGCCGCACAAGGAAUUGCGCUUCAUUAUUUACGUUUUUCCCAUUUUUAAUCUCGCCGCCGCUUGUGCUUGCAGUCGUUUUUGGGAAAAUCGCGAAAAAUCACUUUUUCGAAGCAUUUUAGCCUACGGGGCAGCGGCUCAUCUGCUCUUCAACUGUUUCAUCACGAUGUUUUUGCUGCUAAUUUCCCGUACAAAUUACCCGGGAGGCGUUGCCAUGUCGAGAUUGCAUCGAAUCGUGCCCGAAUAUGAAAAUGCGACGAUCUACAUCGGCAAUUUAGCGGCCCAAACAGGCGUCACACGAUUCACUGAGCUCAAUAAAGACUGGAUUUACAGCAAAAAUGAGUCCCUCAAACCAGGCGAUGCCGAAUUACAUGACUUCAAGUACUUACUGGUCGAAGCAAAGGACAAAUAUUCGCCGGAAAUGCGACUUUUGACACAAACGCAUGAAAUUUUGGAGUUUGUCGAGUGCUUUAGCAACAUCGGGCUGGAGUACAGUGCCAUGUUUCCCAUUAAAAUUAAGACUAAACCGUGCAUUUAUAUCAUGGAACGCAAAAAAGAUGCAAAAUUCGUGGUUGACUUGGCGGGAGAUGCCAUCGACGAUGACACUUCCAUCGAGGAAUUCAUCGAAACGCUCUCGGAAAAGCUCGAAAUUGACGAUCAACUGUCCAAAGAGAUUGACGAGGAGUUUGACAAAGUGAUGGCUGUUAGCAAGGAAGCAUUUAGUAACGAAGAUGAUGCCGAAAAAGACCUGGAAAAUACUCAAAGUGAGGAAAAAUCAUCGCAAAUUCACGAUAAAAGUCCGUCCAAGGUCAGAACGCGCCUCGCUCGUAUCAAAAGUGACCUGAAAAAGACAAGAGAUGACACCAAAGAAGAAGAAAAACCCAAAUUUAUGAGAAAAUCGCGCGAAAAACGAUUUUUCAAUGACGAAACAUCGGAAGAAACUCGACCCGAACGCAGAACUCGCCUCCGUGAAAUCUUCAAGGAACACUUCCGCAAGGUGCAAAGUCGCCAAAGACGAGAUCAAGACCAAAGUUCAACGCAAAUGCAAGAAGACACCACGAAAGCACGACUUAAGAAGCUAAUCAAGACGGAACAAGUAAAGGCACUCGUUGAAGAUAUCCAAAAAUUGGAAAUUUGUGAUCCAAGUCUCUCGCCCAAAGAAUGCCUCAAACAGAUUAUUGACGAAUAUAUCGCGGAAUAAAUACGGAAAAAAGUGGAAGAUCUCAAGUGCCUUAAAAAAAAUUGUUAGCGAUAUUUUCACAAAGUUGAUUUUUUUGUAAUUUUUUUUUGUUCACUAACACUUAUUUAUU